CUGUCUCCUGUUAUCUCGGAUAGCGCGAGAGCAUAAAUCUAUUGUGUAACGAACAUGACGAACAUCUCCGUUCUGUAAUUUUCCAUGCAUGUUCGCCGAACGCCAGCUCAAUAUUAUGUCACAUUAAAUCGCGUCUCUUCUACUUCUGUGUUUUUCCAAAAAUUUUUGAAAGUCACAAGUGGGGUUAGUUCGUCGACGUGUCAUGCGACCUUUCGUCCGACCCGUCCGACUGGCGAAUAACAUAAAUGUCAAUAAAUAAUGAUACUUUUGAAUGCUAUCCGUUUCGUCAAACAAAGCGAGAGAAUCAUUCGUUCGAAGAGAAUCGGCUUGACAGUCUGCAAUUAUCCGAGGGCAUUGAUAUCGAGUACCGUCGAAAUGAGUAAACCCAAAGUUUUGAUUACACGACCAGAUAUACCCGCUGCGGGCUUGAAUUUGCUGCGUAAACGAUAUCACCUUAUAAUAUGGGAGAAACCUGAGCCAAUACCACGCUAUGAAUUAUUAUCCAAGAUCCGUGGAGUAGACGCUGUGUUCUGUGUGCUGACGGAUGAGAUAGAUAACGAGGUUCUAAACUAUGCAGGCCCACAGUUAAAAGUCGUGGCAACGAUGUCAGUAGGCGUGGACCAUCUAGACAUAAGCAAUUUGCGAAACAGAAACAUUAAAAUCGGUUAUACUCCAAACGUCCUGACUGAGAGCACUGCGGAGCUGAUAAUAGCUCUUUUAUUAGCCACAUCAAGGAACGUGAUACAUGCAAACUUAGCAGUUCACAGUGGCCAUUGGACGACAGCUUGGUCACCCGUAUGGAUGUGCGGCCCAGGACUGGCAGGGAAAACCGUAGGAAUCGUCGGUUUAGGUAGAAUUGGCUUCAGGGUCGCAGAGAUAAUUAAAAGUUUUAAUGUUGCCAAGAUACUGUACACUAGCAGAACUGAGAAACCGGAAGCGUCCAAAUUUGGUGGUGAAAAAGUCGAUUUUUCCGUUUUACUCAAGAACAGCGACUUUGUCAUAGCAACUGUGGAAUUGUCGUCACAAACGAGAUACAUGUUUAACGCUUGGGCCUUCAGCGAAAUGAAGAACACGGCUAUAUUCGUGAAUGCUAGCCGCGGGCUAGUUGUGGAUCAAGUUGCGCUGAUCGACGCCUUAAGGACUAAGACAAUCGCAGCAGCUGGUUUAGACGUCACAUCACCAGAACCGCUGCCGUCAAAUUCUGAUCUUUUAACUCUGAAUAAUUGUGUGAUCCUGCCUCACAUAGGAAGCGCUACCGUAGAAACUAGAAACGAAAUGGCCAGUAUCACAGCGAAAAAUAUUAUAGCUGUCUUAGAUGGAAAUCCAGAAUUGAUGCCUGCAGAAUAUGUAAAGUCUUAACAUUGCUAAAUGAUGAACAUUGCUAUAAUCAUGAGGAAUUCCCGAUAAUCAUAUUGUAAUAUACAUUUUUCAGUCUAAGAUAAACUUACGUAAUUUAUAUUCAAUGAUUUUAUACAUGUAAAUAUAAUGCAACGUAUAUAAU